AUGCCUGUUAAGCGCAAGGCAACCGACAGCGGUCGGUCGAGUAGAGCUUCGAAGCGUGCGACCCCGGUGCCUGACAUUCAGGAUGUCGGUAGUAGCGAUGAAUUUUCCGAAUAUGACCCAAAGGAAGAUAGCCUGAAAGAGGUCGUCGACAAGUUCUCCCUCGAAUCGUUCAGUAACAAGAAGAGCUCCGCCGUACAAAAGCAGGACCCGAAUUUCGGCUACAAAGACUUUUCGUCGCUCCCUCUAAAGCCGGAUCACGCGAACCGUCCUCUAUGGAUCGACCCCUUGAAAGGAACCAUUACGUUGGAGAGUUUCUCGCCCUUGGCUCCUCAAGCGCAGGAUUUCCUGACCACCAUCGCCGAACCGCUGUCACGUCCGACCCAUCUGCACGAAUACAGGUUGACGGGAAACAGUUUGUAUGCGGCUGUCUCGGUUGGUCUCCAGCCUCAGGAUAUCAUCAACUUCCUUGACCGGUUGUCGAAGACGCCCCUCCCGGAUACAAUUAAAUCCUUCAUUAUCGAUUUUACGAAGCCUACGGAAAGAUCAAGUACCGACCCAGCCAUGUUGCAGAUGCUCCUGCAAGAUGAAGUCAUCGGAGCUCAGAGGGUCCAGGGCGGGUCGGCCGGUAUCAUUCAGCAAGCAGCUCCAAAAAUGGGUGGACUUGUUAUUCCUGGCACCAAGGAUGCAGCAGGAGUGAAGCAGAGUACGGAUCAGCAACAGCCAUCAGAGGAAAACCAAGGAGAGAAGCGCCAGGAGGAUGAUCUACUUUUGGCCAUUCGCGAUGAAGAUGACGAUGAAGAGCAGGCUCAGGUUCACAGCUUUGAAAUCCCGAAUGAAGCUGUCGAACCUGUUAAGGCUCGCUGCCAGGCGAUGGGCUGCCCGGCAUUAGAGGAAUAUGACUUCCGGAACGAUGAAAUCAAUCCUACGUUGGAAAUCGACUUGAAGCCACAAGCUCGAAUCCGAAGUUACCAGGAGAAGAGUUUAAGUAAGAUGUUCGGUAACGGACGUGCUAAAAGUGGUAUCAUUGUCCUUCCUUGUGGUGCCGGAAAGACUCUAGUUGGCAUUACGGCUGCUUGCACUAUCAAGAAGGGUACGAUUAUUCUUUGUACCAGCUCCAUGUCUGUGGUUCAAUGGAGAAACGAGUUCUUACGGUGGUCGAAUAUUGACCCGGGCGAUAUCGCCGUUUUCACCUCAGAUAACAAGGAAAAGUUUCGCAGAUCGACUGGUAUCAUUGUUUCGACAUAUUCAAUGGUUUCCCAAACAAGAGCCCGGUCUCACGAUGCACAGAAAAUGAUGGACUGGAUUCAAUCGCGUGAAUGGGGUCUAAUGAUUCUUGAUGAGGUACACGUGGUGCCUGCAUCUAUGUUCCGUAAAGUUACAUCGGCUAUCGCGACCCAAAGCAAGCUCGGAUUGACUGCGACCCUCCUGCGUGAAGAUGACAAAAUCAAGGAUUUGAACUUCUUGAUUGGCCCAAAGUUAUACGAAGCUAACUGGAUGGAACUUGCGGAGCAAGGGCAUAUUGCCAAAGUCCAAUGCGCUGAGGUGUGGUGUCCUAUGACUACAGAGUUUUAUUCCGAGUAUAUGAGAGAGAAGUCGAGAAAGGCAGCCUUGCUCUACAUCAUGAAUCCCCGGAAGUUUCAGGCUUGCCAAUUUCUCAUCGACUACCACGAAAAGCGCGGAGACAAGGUUAUUGUGUUCUCUGAUAAUGUCUAUGCGCUUGAGCGUUAUGCCCUUAAGUUGAACAAGGCCUACAUUUAUGGUGGCACUCCCCAAAAUGAGCGUAUGCGGAUUCUGGAGAACUUCCAGCACAACGAGCAAGUCAACACUAUUUUUCUAUCGAAGAUCGGAGACACAUCCUUGGAUUUACCUGAGGCAACCUGUCUGAUUCAGAUAUCAUCACAUUAUGGUUCCCGUCGUCAAGAAGCCCAACGGCUGGGCCGAAUUCUGCGGGCUAAGCGUCGUAAUGACGAGGGCUUCAAUGCAUUCUUCUACUCUCUCGUCUCAAAGGAUACGGACGAGAUGUUCUAUUCGUCUAAAAGACAAGCUUUCCUUGUCGACCAAGGCUACGCGUUCAAAGUUAUCACCCAUCUUCAAGGUAUUGAAAAUCUGGAUGGGCUGGCUUAUGCAACCCCCGGUGAGCGGCGUGAGCUUUUACAGGAGGUCAUGCUGCAAAAUGAAACGUCUGCGGAGGUUGAAGCCGUCACUGAUGACUUGUUCUCUGAACGUUCUGGUGGUCCGAGGGCUAAGAAGGGAGCUGUCAAACGCAGUGCCGCCACUCUUAGCGGCUUGGCAGGCGGAGAGGACAUGGCAUAUAUCGAGUACAACAAGAGCAGGAACAAGCAGCUGAAGGACAAAGUGGGACACCACCCAUUGUUCCGCAAGAUAGAGCGGGAGCGCCAGAAGCGGAAGAAGGAAAUGGAGGAGUUUGGCAUGCAUUGA